AAUCACCCUACAUAUCUGGCCUCUCAUCCUACCUUUACCCCUUACCUACUUGACCAUGUCAUACGAAAUGAACGGUAGUUCCUCUACAGACGAAGAGUCUGAUUUACAAUAUGAGCUGGAACAAGGUUACGCGGAAAUAGAACAGCGCUACGCAGUAGACGCUCAACAAGGUUUCGAAAAUGUUAUCGUUAUAGAUGGAACACCAAUAGUCAACAGGGAUCGAAAAGAUCGACUGGUAGAAAGACUCAAGUUGUUAUUUGAGAAAGCUGGUGUUCCUAUUGAUGAUGAUCGGAUUGAGAUGCCUUGGGAUGAUGUUGCUGACACUAAUAAAGGCUUCGUUUUCCUCACCUACCCAACCGCUCAAGAAGCCCAAACCGCACAACGUGUCCUCAACAAAACUUGGUUCGGUAAAGCCCAUCAAUUGUUCGCCAAUUACUUUGCGGACAUUGAUAAAUACUCCAACAUGAGUUCAGGCGAUGGUGCUUUACCCACCGGAUAUCUCGAUCGUCCUUUCGUCGAACGUGAAAAUAUGCGAAGUUGGUUGGCGGAUCCUCUGGGUAGAGAUCAGUAUCUCACUCUGAGGGAUAAUGAUGCGAAUUUGUAUUGGAAUGGAAGGAAUGGGGUGUCGGAGGUAGUGAGGAAAUCGGAUGGGAAACCUGUUAAAAAUAAUAAAUGGGGAGAACUAUUCUGCCAAUGGUCGCCUCUCGGUACUUAUCUUGCCUCCGUCCACUGGGUCGGUGUGGCUCUAUGGUGUGGUCCCGAAUUAGAUGGGGCAAACGGUGUGAACGUCCUUCGUUUCACUCAUCCCGGUAUUCGAUCCGUCAGCUUCUCUCCUUGUGAAAAAUACCUAGUCACCUGGUCACCCGAACCUCUGGAUCAUCCUUCCACUUCAUCAAAUGCCAGUGUCAGAAUGACCUUUGCUCCGGAAGAUGAAGGAAAUCAUAUCGUCGUAUGGGAUAUCAAGAACAUUCGCGUAUUGCGUACAUUCCGACAUGAACCUCGUUCUGAUCUACCUCCUGGAACCCCUCCUCAACUCAAAUGGUCACCGAACGAUAAAUACGUGGCACGAUUGCAACCUGGUUCUGCUAUCUCAGUGUAUGAACUACCGUCAAUGUUGUUGUUGGAUAAGAGAAGUCUUAAGAUUGAUGGAGUGCAAGAAUUCGAAUGGUGUCCACCCAGUGAUGCUGAUUUCCGACCUUCAGAACUGAAGAAGGAAAAAGAAUUCAUGUUGGCUUAUUGGACACCUGAGGCUGAGAGUAAACCAGCUAGGGUCAACGUCAUGUCUAUCCCUUCAAAGAGUGUCUUAAGGUCUAAGAAUUUGUAUAAUGUCACAACUUGUCACUUAUAUUGGCAUAAUCAAGGUAAAUACCUCUGUGUCAAAGUCGAUCGUCAUCGAGGCAAAGCCAAAUCAAAGGAUAAAGCGACAUAUUGUAAUCUUGAGAUUUUCCGUGUUCGGGAACCCGCCAUCCCAGUCGAUGUCAUUGAACAUAAAGAAUAUAUCCCUUCUUUCAGAUGGGAACCAUACGGUGAUAGAUUCGCAAUCGCUUCAACCUCUGAUCCUAAUUACGGUCAACCCAUUCCUGGUGUCAUGGUCCGAUAUAAUUUCUCCUUUUAUCAACGUGAUACCAAACGAGAUGAUUUCGGUCUUAUCAAAGUGUUGGAGGGAAAAACUGGGAAUUAUUUAGGUUGGAGUCCUAAAGGUAGACAUUUGGUCAUUGCGACUUUGGGAAGUGCUACCAAGUAUGACAUUGAAUUUUGGGAUAUGGAUUUCACGACGGAUCAGAAUGUUAGGGCUAAAGAAGGUCAAGAUCCCGGUGCGAAUAUAACUCAAUUAGCUUUGGGAGAACAUUUUGGGAUAAACGAAGCUCCAGCUUGGGAUCCGAGUGGUAGGUAUCUGGUAACUGUUGCUAGUGCUUACAAGCCCACUGCCGAACCAGGUUAUUCACUAUGGGAUUGGCGUGGUCAACUUCUUUCUCACGUUCAAGCUGAUAAAUUCAAACAAUUCAUCUGGCGUCCUAGACCUCCAUCUCUUUUGUCAGAAGAUCAAAAACAUAAAGUUCGUAAAGAACUUAAAGAACAUUCGAGGGUGUUCGACGAAGAAGAUGCAGCAGAAGAGAAUAGAGGAAGUGCUGAAAUGUUAGCAAGUAGAUUAAGAUCUUUGGCAGAAUGGAAUGCUUGGUAUUCCAAAUUACAUGAAAAGGUCAAAGAAGGACAAAAGUUGUUUGGAAAGAUCGUAAAGAGGAAAGAUGUUGGGGAGAUGGAAAGUGAGAAAGUCGAAGAAUGGGUGGAAGAAUUGGUUGAUGAUACUGAGGAGAUAAUUGCGUGAUAAUGGUGCAGCUUUUUGCUUUUUAUCCAAUUCGGUUGUCGUUCUUUCAUGUCAACUCUUUUCCAUAAUCUCCUUGACUCUCGUGGGUUGACUACUCGAUGAGUUCCGUGUUUCAACUUUGGAAUACUUUGCAUGAAAUCCCAUAUUCGAAACUUUCUUUACUCUCAUCACUUUCGCAAUCUCUAUUUCACUCUCAUAGUCCACUUAUGUCUCACUCGUCGUCGUCAAUUGGAUAAUCGACUCGGUCAUGGUACAUAGCGUCGUCAAAUGCAAAUCAUGAACCAAUG